UCUCUCGCCAGUGACUUCUGAUGUCCCAGCAAAUGGCAUUAUCUCCAGUGGUUCUGAAAAGAUACUCCCAAGGGCCCAGCAGUGAUAGCCACAACUAACGCAGACUUGGUAGCACUCUGCUGGGAAGACCUUGAACAGGAGUGAUGCCUCCAGGCAGGUGGUACGCUGUCCAUCCAGCUCAGGCCAAGGCUUCCAGGGAGCGGGGACGCCUUCAGAUGGUAAAGAAGGAAGAAGAGGAUGAAAGCUACACUUCAGUGCCGGCUGCCAGACCACAGACACUCAACCGUCCUGGCCAGGAGCUGUUCCGUCAGCUCUUCAGGCAGCUUCGCUACCACGAGUCUUCUGGGCCUCUGGAGACCCUGAGCCGGCUCCGGGAGCUGUGCCGCUGGUGGCUGAGGCCAGAUGUUCUCUCAAAGGCCCAGAUCCUAGAGCUGCUGGUGCUGGAGCAGUUCCUGAGCAUCCUGCCAGAGGAGCUCCGGACCUGGGUGCAGCUGCAUCACCCUGAGAGUGGUGGGGAGGCUGUGGCCUUGCUGGAAGAACUUCAUAGGGACUUUGAUGAGACACCAUGGAGGGACCCAGCCCCUGCCCAGAGCCCAGAUGUGCAUUGGAUGGGCACAGGAGCCCUGCGAGCCGCACAGAUAUGGCCCCCUGCUUCACCUCUCAGGAGCGGCUCGGCUCUGGGGGACCACCUGCAGCCUCCCUAUGAAAUAGGAGUGCGUGACUUCCUGGCUGGGCAACCCGAUCCUCCUGCUGCACAGGUGCCUGCCCUUUGCCUGAAGGAGGGAUGCCCAGGCAACCAGGUGACAGCCCAGCCUCAGGGGACUAUGACUUUCAAGGAUGUGGAGGUGACCUUCUCCCAGGAUGAGUGGGGAUUGCUGGACGCUUCUCAGAGGAACCUGUACAGGGAUGUGAUGCUAGAGAAUUAUGGAAACAUGGCUUCUGUGGUGGGGCCAUUCACCAAACCUGCUCUCAUCUCCUGGUUGGAGGCAAGGGAGCCAUGGGGCCUGAAUGUCCAGGGAGUUCAGUUUAAGGGGAAUCCAGGUGCUGCCCCAGCAGGAGAUGAGCUCCUUGUGAAAACAGACAAGUUCAUCUUAAAGCCUGAACCUUUGGAAGAAGCAGUAACCUUAGCCAUGCCAUCAGGAUGUCAUGGUGCAGCAACUGUUUAUGAGGGACCAGGGCUCAGAGAAUCCGUUGUACAGAAGAGCAGGUUAAAGGAACGAUGUGGAAACCCCACACAAGUGAGAGUUAAGAAGGAAGAGACUGAUUCCAGCCAUGGGGCAGGGAAAGACUGCGAAGAUUUGGGAAGAAGUAAUAGUCUUCAUCUAAGACAUAUUACGUAUUUGAGAGGACCCAGAAGAAAGCAGUCCCUUAAACACAGCUAUGGCAAACACUUCAGGGGAAGUUCCUACCACUAUGACUAUAAGGAGUAUGGGAAAGGGCUCAGACGCAUGAUGGGUGGGUUCAGCCUACAUCAGAGAAUUCAUGCUGGACUGAAAGGCAAGGCCAAGGAUGCACAUGGGAAGGACUUCAGCCUUAGUUCCCAUCACCAACACGGGCAGAAUCUUCACGUGGUGGGGACACUGUAUAAGUGCAGCGACUGUGGGAGGACCUUCAGUCGUAGCUCCCACCUUGUAUGUCAUCAGAGACUGCACACUCAAGAGAAGCCGUUUAAAUGCAGGGCAUGUGGGAAAGCCUUCAGGUGGAGCUCGAACCGGGUGCGACAUGAAAAAAUUCACACCAGACUGAAACCGUAUAAGUGCAGUUUAUGUGACAAAGCCUUCCGUCGUAUGUCUGUCUACCGCCUGCACCAAGAAACCCAUGCUAAGCAGAAAUAUCUUGAAUCUACUCAGGAUGAAGAAGCUCUGACCUGUGACUCAGAUUUUGAUCAUCAUUUGAGAGACCAAAGUGGGGAGAGACUCUUUGACUGCAGCCAAUGUAGGAAAUCCUUCCACUGUAAAUCGUACAUUCUUGAACAUCAAAGGAUUCACACCCAGGAGAAACCAUACAAGUGUCCCAAAUGCAGGAAAACAUUCAGGUGGAGGUCCAACUUCACUCGUCACAUGAGACUGCACCAGGAAGAGAAGUUCUAUGACCUGGACAAAUGUAGAGAAGAGUUGAGGCAGACCUCCAACUCCAGCCAGCCCCAGAGUGCCCCCACCAUGGAAAAAGCUCUUGUGUGUCAGCAGUGUGGGAAAACUUUCAUUCGAAAGAAGACUCUCAUCAAUCAUCAGAGAAUUCACACAGGCGAGAAGCCAUACCGAUGCCAUGAAUGCGCAGAAGAGUUUCCUCACAGGUCAGCCUACAUUGUUCAUAAGAGGCAGCAUGCCGCUGAAAGAAAACCUGAGGACACACCCUCGUUUAGUCAUGACAGAGCAGUCCAAGUUCCUCAGACCAAUCCCACCACAGAGGAACCCUACAAAUGCAGCCAGUGUGGCAAAGUCUUCCGCAAUCAUUCGUUCCUCCUCAUCCAUCAGAGAGUUCACACCAGAGAGAAGCCUUAUAAGUGCAAAGAGUGUGGGAAAUCUUUCAGAUGGAGUUCUAACCUCUCCCGACAUCAGAGGACUCACUCUUUGGGAAAACUGGAUGAGUACUGUGAAAGUGAAGACGCUCUAAAUCUUCAGUCACAAGUCCUCACUGGUGCAAAACCUUUUCGGUGCCAAGAAUGUGGGAAAAACUUUACACGUAAAAGAAGUCUUUUAGAUCAUGAGGGAAUACACAGUGGAGAGAAGCGCUAUAAAUGCAACCUGUGUGGGAAAUCUUAUGACAGAAAUUAUCGCCUUGUUAAUCAUCAGAGAAUCCACACUAAAGAGAGACCGUUUAAAUGUCAGUGCUGUGGGAAAGAUUUCAUUGGAAAACAUACCCUCUCCAUUCAUCAGAGAAAACACAUCAGAGCGGCCCAGUGUGAAAGUGGUGUGGCUGGGCUGUCUUCUCGCCAGGAGACAGGGGUGAAGUUACAUGAAUUAAAAUCAGGUGAGGAGAAUCCUCUUGGAGAUGGUGAGAAAACUUGUGAUCAGAGAUCUGAACUCCCUGGACUCCAGGACAUACCCACUCGGGGAAAGUGCCACAAAUGUAGCACAUGUGGGAAAACUUUUAGCAAGAGCUCACAACUCAUCAGCCACAAGAGAUUUCAUACUCGGGAGAGGCCCUUCAAAUGCAGAGAGUGUGGGAAGACCUUUAGGUGGUCUUCAAACUUGGCUCGGCAUAUGAAAAAUCAUAUUAGAGAUUAACUUGGGGUCUAACAGUUGGGGAGAGGAGGUCCUGGUUUCCCUACUGGAGAACCCCUGAUGGUAGGGGAUGUGGGGCAGACCUCACAGAGGGCCCAAUCCUUUUUUAGAAGCUUGUGGCAGAGAAUCCUGAGGAUUAAAAAAUGUAGGGCACCUCCAUCCUGCUGGAAAAUGAGAUGCUGGGGAAGAGCCUCAGUGGGUUUCAGAAGGAGGUUUGGGCCCCUCGAAGUGGUCUUCGCACUGUGGCCUGGAAUUUCCCCCCAGCCAGAUUUUCUUCUGUAACUCUGAAGGGAGAGACCAUUGCACUUUGUGGUGGUUCAACAGGAUGUCUGUGGCAUGGUAGGCUGUGGCUGCUGGGAACGGUCCAGUUGGAUCCUUAGUUUGCCUUUGAGUGUGACUUAUAAUGGUGUCUAGUCUAUUUGACCUGAAAAGCACCAGCAGCAGCAAGAACUAGUGUCUCCAGAUACCUCCAGGGGAGUUCCGGCUGUGCCUUCAAUCUUCACAGCUGACUUUGGGUAUUUGCUGUGGGCAUAACAGUUGUCUCAGCUGCAAGUGGAAGAGAACAGGGUCCUGGGCUUGAUCAUCUGGAGAAUGAAGCUCUCUCAUCGCCAGCUCCAUCCCCCAUGUUUGAAUGGACAGCAGCAGUCCAUCUGCUAAACAAAUGCGUCAGGCAUCUUCCAUAUCAGGCCCUGUUGUGUGGGCCAUAGACCAGCAGGGGACUGGAUCUUUACAGACAAUAAGCAAAUGAGAUAUAUGUAAUGUUUUGGGUGAUGAUACAUGUUGUGGACAGAAUGAAUCAGCAGAGUGAGAGGGAAUGCUGGGUUGGAAGGUGGAUUGGGAUUUUAAAUAGGCUGGUCAGGGAGGGUGUCAACUGAGAAGGUCAGAUUUGAACAAGGACCCGAAAGAGAUUAUGGAGGAAGCCACGUAGGUCCCUUGUUCCUACUCAGGAGCCUUCACAGGAGGUAGUCUCCUUAGGGAAUGGCCCAUAGGCCCCUGAACCAAAGUGAAGUGAGCCAUCUGGAAGUGAGAAGCCCAGAAAGGUAGAUGGCCAAGCCAUGUGAGCAUCAUGGAUCCUUGCUGGGCCUUGGCUUCCUCAGAGGGAACUUUUGGACAGUUUUGAGUUGAGGUUUAUGGUCUGAAUCUGAACCAUUACAGAAUGUAGUUCAGAUUCAGAGUCUCACGUGUUGAGGGCCCAAGGUCAUGGGAAGGACCUCAAAGUCAUCAGGUAUGUGUUCCUGGCUUGCUGUACCUUUUCUUGGCAGGAUGAUCUUGGGUGAAUCACUGAACAUUGGCAUCUAAAAUUAGAGUGGCCAACUCUGCUACUCAACUCUUGAGAUUGGUGAAAAGGAGGCUUGACUUACUAAGAUUCUGGGUUAGGAGUCUGAUCUCUAGACCAGAGCUUCUCUGAGCUGCAGAUCCCAUGUCAGUUGACUCUACAAACACAGAAAUACCCCUUUUCUGUCCAUCUUUUCAUCUCCCUACUCCUUGUGCCGCCUGGUACCUCAUAGAAUUCCUGCCCCAGUAGGGGUGUUUCUACUGCCAUUUUUAUAAAAUGAUAAAUAUUUAUUUUUAAACAUUCAAGUCAGAUUUUUAAAAAUGUAAAGAGUGAAGUAAAAGCCAACAGAAAUCCCUCUGUACUGAGGUAAACCUUUAAUAUUUUGGGAUUGUACUGAUGCAGUCUGUUUGGUAACCUGAGUUUUAAAAUAAUUAUGUAAGUAGUAUAUGAUUAUGAUAGAAAUAUUAGUAUGUACAGAUUCACUAAAAGGAAAAGUCUGACUACUUGGAGCUAACUACUAAACAUUUUGGCGUAGUCAGUGUUGGAUUUAACUUCAUUACUCUUCUCUGAACGCCCCUGGGCUGACCUGACUCGUGCUGUUUCCUUUCAUGUGGAGUGCCACGCUCCUGUCUGAUCUGGCCCAGGUCUUCACUCUUUCAGUCCCAGCCUUCCCUGACCCUGGUCCCACGUCUCCUCGUGCCUGCAUGUUGCUUUGUUGGGUGUUGUCUGGGUUUCCAAGUUAUUCCCAUUAUUGCAGCCAGAUUGAGUACUCCAGAAGCCAGGUUUGGGUGUUUUUUUCUGGGCAGAGUAGAUUUUGCACAAAGUCGCCUCUUUUAAGGAAUGUAGAACUGAAUUCAUUGUUUUAGCUAAGUCAGGAUUGGAUCUUUUUGAAGGUGUUUGAGAGUGAAAUGUUGACUGGAGACUGCCCACAAGUGUGCCUGCUACUUGGGAGCCCAGCCGCUGGUGUCUCCGAGCCAGAGGGGACCCAGUUGACUGCCGUGGCCAACUGUGCUCACCUCACACCCUGUCCUGGUCUGGAGAACAUACCCCUUCUUCCAAACCUGCCACGUAUUCUCCCACUCCCUUGGAGGAACUGAAAUUAGGGCUCGUGGGAGCCAGAUGGGCUGGGACUCCACAGAGGGGUGGAUAUCAGGAGAUGUUUCAGGCAAGUGUUCAGUGUGGUUGGUCUCACCCUUGCUGAAAGAACUUGUCAGUCCAGACAGAGGUGAGUGUAGAGAAGAACAUGCAGGAAAUGUAAAUGGAUGUGGAUCAUCUUAUACUCAUGAAGUUGGCUAAACUUUAGAAGCCCUGGUGUGGGUAAGUGUGUGGUCCAUGGGAACUCACUGCCGUGGAAAUGAAAAUUGUGACAACUUCUGUGCCAAGCAAUAUGUAAAAUCUGGUAAAAUUGUGUAUAUUCUGCCACCCAGAAUUCUACUCCUGGAUAAACCCUAAAGUAACUCCAUUUGAAGAAGGAAAUGUGUCUAUGACUAUUCAUUGCAGUACUGUGUAGAUAGCAAGAUUAGGAGAAGCCUAAAUUUCCAUCAGCAGAACAGGUUUUUUUGAUAAGUGAAU